UCCGGCCCCUCCUCUCUGGUUUAGCUGAAGUGGUGACAGUUACUGUUUUUACGCCCCAGGCUGCAGAAAACGCCUGGUUUGUACCGUGACAGAACCCAGAACUGAACCAAGUGGACCUGCUGCUGCACCGCGACUCAUCAUGAAUUUCUUUCUGGAAUCAAUCCAGGUCCUUUUUCUCUCUUUAUGGUACAACAUAGAAUCUCUCAUUCACCUCUUGGUUCCGAGGAAGAAAAAGAACAUAGCUGGGGAGGUUGUUCUGAUCACAGGCGCCGGCAGUGGAAUCGGUCGCCUGAUGGCUCAGGAGUUUGCGGCUCAUGGUACCGUGCUGGUUCUGUGGGACAUUAACCAGGAGGGCAUAAAAGAAACCGCAAGAUUGGCCAAAAAUGGUGGAGCCAGCAGAGUCCACUGCUUCGUCUGUGAUUGCAGCAACAAGAAUGAAGUUUACAGAGUGGCUGAUCAGGUUAAGAGAGAAGUGGGUGAUGUCAGCAUCUUGGUGAACAAUGCCGGAAUUGUGACAGGGAAGAAAUUCAUGGAUGCUCCAGACUCUCUGAUUGAGAAGACCAUGGAGGUCAACGCUAUGGCUCACUUCUGGACCUACAAGGCCUUUCUACCUGCCAUGAUCGCCAAUAACCAUGGCCAUCUGGUCAGCAUUGCCAGCUCUGCUGGACUCAUUGGCGUAAAUGGAUUAGCAGACUAUUGUGCCAGUAAGUUUGCAGCUGUAGGUUUUGCUGAGUCGGUAGGCCUGGAGCUUCUAGCAACAGGGAAAGAUGGGAUCAAAACCACCAUUGUGUGCCCCUACUUUAUCAACACUGGGAUGUUUGAUGGAUGUCACACCAAGUGGCCAAGACUCCUGCCAAUCCUAAAUGCAGAGAAGGUAGCCAAGAAGAUUAUUCAUGCUGUCCUCACAGACCAAGUCUACCUUCUACUGCCUAAAAGCAUGUAUUUCAUCACUGCUCUGAAGAACAUCCUGCCCAUGAAGCAGGGCAUUCUGCUGGGUCAGUACCUGGGAGCCUUCAAUCUUAUGGACACAUUUAGGGGACGCUCCAAAAAGCAAGAGUGAGAGAGCUGUCAAUUAGAAGAGGAUUUACAUGAAGGAGAUAUUAAAGCAUUGAAGAUAUUAAAACAUUGAAACUAUGUGAAGUUUCUUCAUAAUUAAUCUGAAAACAUUUAAUUGUUUAAUUGUACAUAAAAAAUGGAUACCAGUUGUGUAAAGGACUGCCUUUUAAAUAAAUUAAUGUUCAUUAUUUAGCUUAAUGUUUUGAGUUCCCUGAACAAAAUGUCUGUUGUUACUAAAGUUAUAUUUCUGAUUUGUUUCUGAUUAAGCACAAUAUUUUAUAUAAUAAUCUUGUUCUUACUGACAGUAUAUUAUGGUUAAUUUAGUUCCUUAUUCUACAUCUUAAUAUUUUUAUCUUUGUGUGAACCUGCAUACCCUGAUCUCUUGUCACUUUGCUGCCUUUACACCUGACAAAACCUGUUGCUUCUCUGCAAGUGAAAAUGCAGAGAAUGGAUUUAUUUCUUGGAAAAGGUUAUUUGUGAUGAGUGCAAACAACCUUUUUGCACUCAUCAAAAAGGUUGUUUGCACAACCUUCUUGUGCAAACAACCUUUUGAACAACAAAAGGUUGUUUGCACUCAUCACAAAACCCAACUACCAAAGUUUUGCUGCUGUGUUGAGAAAAAGAAAGAUCAAAAAGAUCUGAUUUUGCAUUUUAAUGAGAGAAAUAUCAAUGUAUUUCAGUCCUAGUUGAUAGGGAAACUGACAUAUGUGUUGUCAUGUGGUCAUGGAAUGACAUGCCAAUAGACAAACGUCAAACGACAAUAAUCUUAAUGAUCUAUUAUGAUCUAAUUUUAGGAGUGCAGAAGAUGAAACUGAAGUGUGUAAGUGCCGAUUGCAGAACGUUAAUGUUAAUAAAAGUGAGAAGAGAUA